GAUGAAGAUGAUGAAGAAGAAGAAUUUGAAGAUGAAGAAAUCGAUUCAGAUGAAGCCUUAGGAUCAGAUGAUGAUUAUGAUGUAUUAAAUUCUAAAUUUUCUCAAACUUUAAGAGAUAAAUCAAAGAGAAGAAAAUUACGAGAAAAGAAUAUGAGGAAUGGUCAAGGAUAUGAAGAAAGUUCUGAAGAUGAAGAUGAUGGAUAUUCAAGUAUAGAUGAAAAUCAAUUAGUUACAUUAUCUGAAGCUUGGGAUAUGGAUGAUAAAGAUUUAAACACUUAUGAAAAAUCAACUUCAAAGAACAAUGAUAUAGUAUUGAAUGAAGAUGAUGAUAAAUGGGAAUCUGAAUCUGAACCUGAAUCUGAAUCUGAAGAGGAUGAUGAUGAAGAUGAUGAUAAUAGUGAUCAAGAAGAUGACUCUGAAGAAGAUAUUUUUCAAAAUGAUUCUGAUGAUAUUGAAGAUGAAGAUGAUAUAAAUUUAGCAUCUACAGUAUCUAAACUUCAAUCAAGUUUAAGAAAACCAGAAAAGGAAAGAAGAAAAUUAAUAGCAGAAACUACCGAAGAAAAUGAAUUUAAUUUACCAACCAAUGGAAAUAAACUUAGUUUAACUGAUAUGCUUGCAGCUGUUGAUUCAUCUAUUUCAAAAGAUGCUAUAUUAAUUGAUGAAGAUUCUAAAGCUAUAGCAGCUCCAUUACCUAAAAGAAUUCAACAAAGACAUGAUAGAGCAGUAGCCUAUGAAAUGACUAAAGAAGAAAUUAGUAAAUGGGAAGAUACUGUACAAAAGAAUAGACAAGCCGAAGUAUUAAAAUUCCCAUUAAAUCCCAAAAUUAAACAUAAUGAUAGUGCUACAACUUUUAAAUCUGAUAAUAUUCCAACUACAGAAUUAGAAACAAAAAUUAAUAAUGUAUUAAAGGAAUCAGCAUUAAUAGAUGAAAAGAAAGAAGCCACAUUUGAAGAAAUAGCUAUAGCUAAAAUGUCAAGUGAAGAAAUGCAAAGGAGAACCAAUGAAUUAAGAUUAAUGAGAGAAUUAAUGUUUCGAGAUGAAAAGAGAGCUAAAAGAAUUAAAAAGAUUAAAUCUAAACAAUAUCAUAAAAUUAAAAAGAAGGAAAGAUUAAGAAAUCAAGAAUUAGUUGAAGGAAGUGAUAAUGAAAGUGAAGGAGAAGAUCAUGAUAUGAAGAGAGCUCAAGAAAGAAUGUCAUUAAAACAUAAGACUCAAUCUAAUUGGGCUAAAUCUAUGAUUAAAAGUGGAUUAUCAAAGGAUGCAUCCAAUAGAUCGGAAUUAGAAGAAAUGUUAAGACAAGGAGAAAGAUUAAGAGCUAAACAAUUAGGUCAUGAAGAUGGUGAACAAAGUGAUGAUAAUAUUAGUGAUAUUGAAAAUGAUUAUAAUCGAGAUCGAGAUAAUAAUGAAGCUGAUGAAGCCAUUAAAAAUAAAUUAGGUAAAGGAGUAUUAGCUAUGGAUUUUAUGAAGAAAGCUGAAGAAAGAAGUAAACAAGAAAAUUUACAAGAACUUGAAGAAUUAAGACGUCUCGAACAGGAAGGAGAUUUACAAUCAUUUGAAGAUUCAACUAGUAAUGUUAAUAUUACUAUAAAUCAAGGUAGAAGGGUUUAUACACCUUCAGCAUCAGCUAUUAGAGAAGAUAUUGAUCAAGUAAAUCAACAAGUAUUAGCUGAAAUUAAUGAUGAUCAAGCUAAUAGUUUAACUAGCAAAUUAGGAAAGAAAUUCAAUGUUGUAGCUAAUUCAGAAAGGAAAGAUAAGACUGAAUUAUCUAAAGAUAUUAUUGUUGAAGAAGAUGUUAAUCCUUGGUUAACUGAAAGUUCUGAACCAUCUCAAAAGUCUAAUAAAGUUACCACUAUUGAUAAAGAGUCUUCUAAAUUGUCUAAAGCAGCAGCUAAGAUAGCUAAGAAGGUAUCUAAAAAGCAUAAUAAUAAUAAUAAUAAGAGGAAGAAUGAUGAAGAUCAAUUGAUCGAUAUUGAAGAAACAUUAAAAGUAAUAACUACAAGUAGAGGAGGAGAAGAAGAUGAAGAAGAAGAAGAAGGUGAAGGAAUUGGAUCUAAUGAAAAUAAAAUGUUUAAACAAAAGGAUUUAAUUAAAGAAGCCUUUGCCGGAGAUGAUGUAGUUGAAGAAUUUGAAAUUGAAAAGAAAAGAACCAUUCGAGAUGAAGAUGAUAAACAAGAAGAUUUAACCUUACCAGGAUGGGGAGAUUGGGCUGGAGGCUCUAAAAAGAAUAAAAAGAGGAAAGUUAUUAAAAAGAUUGAUGGAGUUGUUCAAAAGGAUAAAAGAAAAGAUAAGAAUUUAAAGAAUGUUAUUAUUAAUGAAAAAGUUAAUAAAAAGAAUUUGAAAUAUCAAUCAAGUGGUGUACCAUUCCCAUUUGAAUCAAGAGAACAAUAUGAAAGAUCUUUAAGAAUGCCUGUUGGACAAGAAUGGACAUCUAGAGAUACUCAUCAAAAGAUGACCAUGCCUAGAAUUGUUACUAAACAAGGUACAGUUAUAGAUCCAUUGAAGGCACCUUUUAAAUAGAUUUUAAAACUUGUACAAUUGCAUAAUAUAUAUAUAAUUAAUAAAUUUUAAUAUAAAUCUUUAUCUUUAUCUUUAUCUUUACCUUAAUUUAUUCUAAUAAUAUACCAUUUCUAUCGAGCCAAUUCUUCCCACUAAGGAAAACUCC